AGUUGCAGGAUGGUUACGGCGAUACCAUCAUACUUUAUCCGGAUGCAGUGCAUCAAGGAUUUAACGGAUGCACCUGAAAACCCGCUAAAUAUAACCCAAAAAUAAGGGCUAAAGUGGAAUAUAUGAUUUUAAUUAUUAAGUAUUGGUAAGAAGAAAUAAGGUCAGGUAAGGGAACCGAUCCACCUGUUGUCCCUCCUGCGCCAAUUGCCCACCUUGCGAAGGCAAUCACCUGCGAACGGUCGACGGGAACGGAGCUUUUGCCAUGGAUCACGGACCGACUGAUGCCACGCCCACCGCCGCCGCCUUCCGGCUGGUGUUGCUAAGCAAAUCGAAUCCCGUGAUGGGGUGCUACAUGUUCUGGACCAGUCUGCUGGUGCUCAAGAUGCUGGCCAUGUCGCUACUCACGGCCCGCCAGCGGAUGAAGACCAAGACGUUCGCCAACCCGGAGGAUUUGCGCAUCAGCCGAAGCCAGGAGGUUCGAUUCGGGGAUCCCCAUGUGGAACGAGUGCGACGGGCCCAUCGCAAUGACCUGGAGAACAUUUUGCCCUUCCUUCUGAUGUCGCUGGUCUAUGUGGCCAGUGGACCGAAUCCCCUGACCGCCCGUUUGCUCAUCCGCAUCGGAGCAAGUGCCCGGCUGCUCCACACGGUGGUCUACGCACUCAUCCCGGUUCCGCAACCGGCCAGAGCCCUGGCCUUCUUCACCACCUUCGGCAUCACCUGCUUCGAGGCAGGCUACGUCUUUGUCUUUUGUAUUAAGUACAUUUAGACCUUUAGUGACUCCCACUUAGCUAACUUGGCCAAGUACUCACCUUUCGCACAUUUAAACAGCACCAGUGAUGUUAAGUGGCUAGGUACAGAUUUAGGUACCUAUGUUAAGUACAAUUAAAAACUUAAAUAUGCAUAUUAGAGUUAAUAUCACUCCCUACAAUAUAAGCCCUUAGGGUAACUUUCAAAAGCCAUAAAAUGGUUCCGCAAUAUUAAAAACUCUUUAAGAAUAAAUAAAACCCAUAAAAUUUAAUCAAUUAUUUGAUAAUGUUUGUUAGAUUAAAUAUCAAGUAGCACAAACAUUGUUUUAAUAAACAAAAAUCUUUACUCUUUAAGCCAUUCAGAAUAUUAAUAUUAAUUAGAGAAAGUCCAGAUUACAAUAUUUUUUAAUUACAUGUAAGCAGU